AGGACCAGAUGGUUCUUUUAAAAUCACAAAAUUAAAUGAAACUAGAGGAUGCUCUGGACAAACCUAUAAAUUGGUGGUACCCAUUCUUAGUUCUUUCUCAAAUAUUUUCAAAAUUAGUAUCAUAAAGACUGCUAUUGAAUUCUUCAGAGAGAUAUACUGUCAACUGGAGAUCACUGUUGUUUUGUGUAUAAUCCUAUUAGGAGACUAAUUGCUUAUUACUCAUCAGUGAAUGCAACAAAGGCACCCUUGAAAAAAGAAAGCAGCUGUUGCUCUAAUCCAAGGACUUACCUCCUUUAAAAAACACCCACCCUCCAUGUAGCUGUCGAAUAAGAAGAUCCCUGUUUGCUAGGUAUUAUAGCAAACCCUGUAGUUCUGGGUCCAGCCAUCAUGGGGAAUGGUAGUUCUCUUGCAGCUGAGCCAUUUGAGAGUACUACAGUGAGACCUACAAUUUUCCCAAGAGCUGGAUAUGGAGUCUUGGCUUUCCUGAUGUUUCUCAAUGCACUAUUUUCAAUAUUUAAUAAUUUUUUAGUUAUUGCUGUAACUCUGAAGAAUCCUCAGCUCCGUAAUCCCCUCAACAUAUUUAUUCUUAAUGUUUCCUUUUCAGAUCUUUUGAUGUCCCUCUGCGGCACCACAAUCGUCAUAGCUACAAACUACCAUGGAUAUUUCUUCCUUGGCCAAAGGUUCUGCACUUUUCAGGGAUUUGCAGUCAAUUAUUUUGGAAUCGUUUCUCUCUGGUCCCUGACAAUUCUAGCUUAUGAAAGAUACAAUGUGGUAUGCCAGCCUCUGGGAACUCUCCAGAUGAGCAUUAAGAGAGGUUAUCAGUUACUUGGUUUUAUCUGGAUUUUCUGUCUCUUCUGGGCGGUGGUCCCACUUUUUGGCUGGAGUUCUUAUGGUCCUGAAGGAGUGCAGACCUCAUGUUCCAUUGGAUGGGAAGAAAGAUCUUGGAACAACUACAGCUAUCUCAUUGUAUACUUCCUGUGCUGCUUCUUGAUUCCUGUUCUGAUAAUUGGAUUUUCUUAUGGCAAUGUCAUUAGAUCACUGCAUGGGCUAAACCAGAAAAUUGAACAAAUGGGAGGAAAGAGUAGUGCAGAAGAAGAGUUCCGAGCAGUAGUGAUGGUGCUUGUGAUGGUGGUGGCUUUUCUGAUCUGCUGGCUACCCUACACGGUCUUUGCUCUCAUUGUCGUCUUUAACCCAGCACUGCACAUUUCACCUCUGGCUGCAACCAUUCCAACUUAUCUGUCAAAGACCAGCCCAGUAUAUAACCCCAUUAUCUACAUUUUCUUGAACAAACAGUUUCGUGAGUGUGCAGUUGAGUUCAUAACCUGUGGUCAAGUCAUUCUCACAAAACCAGAAGAAGAAAUUUCAACUUCAGCAGUUCCAGCUGAAUGCCAAACACCUUGUAAGAUCAACCAAGUGUCUCCAGUCUGAUACUGUCUGAGGAACCAUUUGCUGUGUUUUGGAACAUUGAUGCAGUUUCAAGCAUUGCAAUAGAACAAUUUAUUUCAUCAGCUUUUUUGUUAGGAUGAAAUCCAUGUCAGAGCAGGAUUAAUGUUUGGAAUGUUACUUACAAAUUUUUUAAGUGCUCCUUAUGAAUGGUUUUCCAUGUGCAUAUUCACCCCAACAUAGAUGCAACUUUCAUGCAUUAAGCUCACAGACUUCUUAUUUUCACCAAUUUUUUUCCCUAAACAAUUGAUUAGUUACAGAUUUAGUCAUAUUUACAGUUACUGAAAUCAAUGGGACUUAGGUUAGUCAUGACUAAGGUUAGUACUAUUAUAUCAUUAGGACUGGAUCCAAUCCAAUGAGUUUGAGUCGUGUUUUAAAAAUGGGUUGGGAAUUGAUAUUAAGAUAUGCAGGAGAGAUGCAGUUGAAGACAUCAUUACAUGCAGAGGCUUGUAAUGUCAGGAACCAAAAAAAGUGCUUUCUCCUGAGAUGCUCUCAAUCUUCACUCCCUCAUGUAAGAGGAUUAGUUCACACUCAUGGCAUUUCGAAAGGGUGAAAGGCACAGGAUUUGAAAUUAUGUAUUAGUUUAAAUAUUUUAUUGAUUUACAUUCCUUAGAAAAAUUGUUUAAGGAUUUUGUUAAUUUACCCAGUUGUAAAUGACUUAUUAGAAAAUAAGACAAUAUAUAGAUGUAUAAUAAAAAUAGCAAUAAUAAUAAUUUAGGAAAUCAGUUUUUGUGAAAGGGCCAUGUCAGCUAAUGGUGCAACUCAGUUCAUGCCUAUCCAGAAGUAAAUGCCACUGAAUUAAAUAGGACUUGCUCCCAAUUAAGUGUUCAUAAGAUUGCGGUUGUAAUAGAUUAAAAGAUAAUCGGAGGCCCAUUUCUUUGCCUGCAAGCCUUGCAACUAAUGUUAGUCCCCUAUUUAUUUUGUUUGCCUGCCCCAGGAACACUCCCUCUCCUUUACUGCCAGGUCCAGGGACGCAAAAGGCACACUCUGGUGACCAGGCAACCCACAGGCAUGCUUACUAACACAGCCCACAUUGCCUAGCACCCGCUAGGCAGUGCUCUCACUUGACCUGGCAUUUGGAGCAAAUGUGCAAUUCAUCUUGUACACAGGUCUGCAGUGGACAACUGGGGAAGGAACACCAGAAUUAACUCUCCAGUGCUUCUGUUUGCUCGCUGUCAGGGUCACAUGGGACUCCUUUCAGGGUAUGGUCCUACCUCCUGGUUUUGAGUAUCAUUUUUUAAAGUUCCAAUUUGGACAAGUGGGAUUUGAUAGUCUAGAUACACGUUGGGAUCCUUGAGAUAGGGGUGUCCUGCUGUAAUGAAUGGCCCUUUAAAGAAAGAAAAGGAGGUGCAGGUAGACAUAAAAUUUACUAUGGAAUCUUUAAUUAUGAAUCAGAUAACCUGGGCCUGCAACAAAAUGCUGGAGCAGUAGUGGCAUAAUGUUCAGGAUUCUAGUCGUUCCAUGGUAUUCCCUUCUCCCUUUCCCAGUCUCCCUUAACAGUCAGUCAUCAUUUCAUGGCUCCUGAACAAGCACAUUCCUCAUGAGAAUGGCUUCUUGUACCCUUCCUCAGGGGCUCUCCCCUAAAAACAGUGGGCAGUAUCAAACACUGCUAGUCUGCUUACGGUAUUGAGGCACCACUAAUGCAAGUGACCUCUACCAGUAUAUCAGCAGCAAAUACGGGCAUGCCGGAUUUUCUGGGAAUUCCUAUUGCAACAGCUGUUGUGCCCAUAUCCUGUUUGAGGGAUCCUGUGGGCAACUGUCUCGCCACUGGGCACGCAGAGUGCUGGACUUGAUGGACCAUUCCACGGACCAUGGACGUGCAAUCCAGCGUGGCUUUUUGUAUGUUCUGAUGUUAAUGGCACACUACUGUUUAUGCUAGUGACACAUCAACAGUGUGAACAAAGCAGAAGUGCUGGAUGCUGCCCACAGGUUUUGUCCAAUAUUAGUUCUACUUGGGGUAGACCUACCAAAAUGAAGGGGGCUUAUUUAGACUAGUAUUGGAUAAAAUCUAUUUCCUGCAGGUAUAGCGGGGCCUAAGAGCUCUAGGCAGGCUGCCUCUGUUUAAAAGCUACUGCAGAGGCUAAAUAGCUCCUUGGAUACUGGAAAACUCUUGUGCUUGAGCUGCAGCUGAGCCCUGGACUUUUGACUUAGCUAGACUCCCAUGCUUUUGGGUCCUUCCCUGGGAAUAUACACCUGACACCUCAAGUUCUAUAUGCCUAGAAUUCCGUGCCUUUAGGAUCCCAUCUGCCAGACUGUUCCUAACUCUAGGUUGAAUUGUUUUGGAAUUUGAUGUUGGAUUUUAUAACCCUGUCUUAGGUUUCCACAUUGUUAUCUGAGAAUGGUGUGAAGUCUCUGGGCUGUUGACUCUUGAGAUAUUGUGUUGUUAUCUUGUCACAAUAAAAAUAAUUUACAAUUGAUUU